GCCCCGGAGGCCGGCCCAUCCUCCGAAGCCGGUUCCUGCACAUCUCGUUUCCCUGCGGAACGUCCGUGCCCGGAAUUCAUCCCUUGCCUUGCCUGGAAGAGACACCUCGGGGAGGUGGCUGCACCCGGGAAGGACAGCGCCCACCUUACACCCAGCGUUUGUACAGUGCAGGGGAGGCAAAGCCGCUUCUCCUUGGCCCUCGGCUUGCUAGAGGUACCCUGCCUCCGGGGUGGCCUCACAUCUUCCUCGAAGCCCUGUGCUUCCUCCAAGGCCUGGCUGCUUUCGGCAGCUAAGCCAAGGAACUUGAGGAAACACCUAAGACCCACUUUCAAACCUAAAAUAUUGGCAAGCGUCCUUUUCUUUAUUUAAAGACUUGUAUUAUUUUCUGGUCUGGCCAGCAGAGACUGGCAGCUGUGGGGUGCAACAAAGCAAAGCUUCAGGUUUCUGGGACUGUGCUUGCAGCGGACACCAGGAUAGAGGGAGACCCUGUUUAAACCCAGGUGCUGCUGGAGGAAGUCAUUACAGGAACCCCUAACUUCCAAGGCAAGGGGAUGAAAGGAACCUUAGCUUAAGGAAGGAAAAGUCUCUGUGGCUUGGGUGUUGGUGCAGACAGCCUCACCAGAAGUACAGGCGCACUGAUGCGGCUGCGCCCUGCAGGCAGCAAUCUGCCAAGCCCCUCGUUCUUGCCCAGCUGCUGCCCCUGGAGGCGCUACACCUGCGCUGCCUUCAGCUAUGAAAUUUCUGUUGGUUUUUGAUUUUGACCAUACAAUCAUAGAUGAAAAUAGUGACACCUGGAUUGUGAAAUGUGCUCCUGAAAGAAAACUUCCUAAUGAAUUAAGAAACUCUUACCAACCAGGACAUUGGACAGAAUAUAUGGGCAGAGUCUUUGUCUACUUGGGAGACAAUGGUGUCAAAGAAGAUGAGAUGAAAAGAACUAUGACAACAAUUCCUUUCACUGCGGGAAUGAUAGAUCUUCUGGGAUUUAUUGGCAAGAACAAGGAGUUGUUUGAUUGUAUAAUUGUUUCAGAUUCUAAUACAGUAUUUAUUGACUGGAUUUUGAAAGCUGCUGACUUCCAUCAAGUGUUUGAUGAAGUGUUUACAAACCCUGCAGCAUUCAGCAGUACUGGCUAUCUUACUGUACAGCACUUCCAUGCUCACCAUUGUGCAAAGUGCCCUAAAAACCUUUGCAAAAGCAAAGUUUUAAAAGAAUUUCUAGAUAAACAGUUGGAGCGAGGAGUGAGUUAUACACAAAUUAUAUAUAUAGGUGAUGGUGGGAAUGACUUAUGUCCAGUAAUGUUUUUGAAGAAGAAUGAUAUUGCUAUGCCCAGGCAGGGGUAUACCUUGGAGAAAAGGAUUUCUCAACUGGCCCAAAGUCUCAGUCCUGUACAGUGUUCUGUUCUGGUUUGGUCAUCUGCAAUUGACAUUAUGUCUUACCUGAAACUACUUAUAAAGGAAUGAUUCUAAUGAUAAAAGGAAACUGAUAAACUUCCAUUUUAACUUAUUGGGAGAGAAAAACUACAUGUGUAUAAAAGUUCAGCAUUGUAAAAUUGGGCUAUUAUCUGAAAUUAUGGAGCUUUUAACCCCAAACAGAAAACUGUUUAUGUUCAAUCCUGGUGACAACGCGAAAGUGCAGUAAAAAGCCUUCUAACACAGUACGGACUCCAACAUAAGUGGAAAAGGGGCAUUGGGACAGGACUUGGCAUUAGUUUUUGGCUACUCCCUUCCCUCCAACCCUCUACAAGUAUAUAGCUGAUAUAUACUUGCAAUCCCACACACUUAGGGGAAGGAGGAGGAUUCCUGUUCAAAAUAAUGAAAUUCUUUAUUAGAAAACAUUAGGUGCCAGGAGCAUGGUUCUAGAGCUGUUGGCUUUUAUACUUCUUUGAUGUCAAAUUAUUUGCUUGUAAUCUUGUUUAAUCCAAAGAUGCAUUUAUAUUUUCAAUUGAUUAUUUUACCAAACAAAAUUACUUUUUAAUACUUUGUAUUAUCUUGUAUUGUAAAGACAAUAAAAGUUGCUGUCACUGACAAAUGCAACACAACUAA